AUGUCUGCGUGGGAUACCGAUGCUGUCAAGAUUGGCAAGAACGUCCACCGCGGCGGCGCUGCCCCGCGCGAGACCGUCGUCCGUGGGCAGGCUGCUCUGAACGCCGCUCGCCGUGCGGGUAACUCCAUCACCACCGAGAAGAAAUAUGCCUCUGGCAACGCCUCUGGCGGCGUAGAAGGCCAACGCCUCACGAUGGUCGACCGGUCCGACGACAUCGUCAAGCCCAAGACGGUGGGCGUCGAGGUCGGCAAGGCGAUCCAGAAGGCGCGCGGCGAGUUUGCCAACGCCAACGGUAACAAGGGUCUGACACAGAAGGAGCUGGCGACCAAGUGUAACACGACACCGACCAUCGUGGCUGGGUUCGAGCGCGGUGAUGCGGCGCCGGACCAGAAGGUGCUGGCUGCCAUGGAGCGCGUGCUGAACGUUAAGCUGCGUGGGAGCGAUAUUGGGAAGCCCAAGUUUGAGAAGAAGGAGAAGAAGUAA